UUCAGUCUCAGCAGAGGGAAAUCGCAUACACUUUCAGCAUCCGGGUGAUUUGUGACCCGCGUCAGUGUAACGGUGAUGACAUAAAUAUUACAGUGGAACAGCAGCGUGUGUCGGUUGUGUGUCGGUUGUGUGUCGGUUGUGUCACCGUGUCACAACUUUUAAAGCCCAAAGCUGCGCGCGCGCGGAAUUAACAGGAGGAGCGGCGGCAUUAAGCUGGCAGCGCUGAUCUGAGUGAAGGAUUGUACUUCAUCUCCUCCAUCUCCACCUCCACCCCAGCGUUCUGCUCACACACCUGACCCCCUUUACCCACCGAGACAAGCAUGUCCUUCCACAGGUCUGGUUCAGAGAGAUGGAACGGAGCUCCGGAGUGCCUGCGAGGAACUAUAGCUGUGAGUGACUCCUCGUCCAUUCACAGUGAGAAGCUGCGCAGUCUCGCCCGAGACAUUUCUGAAAUCAGCCACGAGAACAUCUCCAGCCGACAUGGUGGAGAAAAACCUGCUGAGGAACCGGCUAAGCCCCGCCCAUGUCCGAAAGGAGGCGUGUGUUUCACUGAUGGCCGAAGGAGAGUUGAUUACGUUCUCGUGUAUCACUGCAAAAGACGCCUUUCCAUCGUCACUAAUGGAAACCUGCCUCCUGAGAGUCCCGCCCCUCAUCACACAGACCCGCAAGCCAACCUGGCAGAGGCGGAGUUGGAGGUGGGCAUGGCUUCAGGCCCAGGUGAAGCAGAAAAGGCCCUGAUCAGGGAGGAGUUUGAGCGAGGGCUACAGGAGCAAGGUUUGGAGAUCGAACGAGAUGAAGAGAUGAAGACAGUCCGUUUUACACGUCUUCAUGUCCCCUGGUCGGUGCUGAGUCGUGAGGCAGAGCUUCUAAAGAUCAAAGUUCCUACCAAAAGAAUUUACGAGCUGAAGGAGAAGAUGGGACUCGCUGGACUCCUGAGUUCACUGUGGGAGAAGCUCAACCAGCCCUUUCAGCCUGGAGUUCCUGGUCCUCCACACAACCCUCACACACGUGUCCUGUCUCUACCAUUCAACAGAGAGAAGCUACACCUGUUUGAUAUUAAGUCGAGGAACACACUCUUCGACACGGCGACGCGAGGGAGAAUAGUGUUUGAGAUCCUGAGACGCACGGCGUGUACACAGGCGUGUCAGACUCUGGGAAUCACGUCGUUACUGGCUCGAGGUGUGUACGACGCAGCGUUUCCCUUACACGAUGGAGAUUUUACCUCCGACGCUAAAGAACUGCGCAAUGACAGACAGUUGUUACAUGAUGAAUGGGCCAAUUAUGGAGUUUUCUUCAAGUACCAGCCAGUGGAUCUCAUCAGGAGGUACUUUGGGGAGAAGAUCGGUCUGUACUUUGCCUGGUUAGGAGUUUAUACCCAGCUGCUUAUUCCCGCCUCAGCGAUGGGGAUCGUGGUGUUCCUGUAUGGCUGGAUGACUGUAGAUACAAACAUUCCCAGCCAGGAGAUGUGUGAUAAGCGUCUGAACUUCACCAUGUGUCCUCUGUGUGAUGAAGUGUGUGAUUAUUGGCAGUUGAGCAGUAUGUGCAGCACGGCGCAGGCCAGCUAUCUGUUCGACAAUCACGCCACCGUCGCCUUCGCCAUCUUCAUGUGCCUCUGGGGCGCUGUAUUUCUGGAGCAUUGGAAGAGGAGACAGAGGUGUCUGCAGCACAGUUGGGAUCUUACAGGGGUUGAGGAUGAGGAGAACAGAGCUGAAGAUGAGCUGCGACCAGCGUAUGAAGAUUUCCUCCUGCAGAAGCAACAAAAAAAGUGCAAAAACAAAUUGAAAGAUGAGUUAGAUGAGAGGACACAUGACAAAGGUAGAGAGAAGCUGAUAUCUGCGAAAAGAGGAGGACAGCCACUGUUUUCUUCAGAAUCUCUGACGUGGAGAGACCGACUGCCAGGAUUCUGCAUCAACGUUUCCUCCAUUCUUUUAAUGGUGGGAGUCACUCUCUCGGCAGUAUCCGGUGUCAUCCUGUACCGCAUCAUCGUUUUUGCAGUGAUGUCCAUGAACCCUGACCACGAGGCCAAGGCAAAUGUGCGUGUUACCGUGACGACCACAGCUGUCAUCAUCAACCUGCUGGUGGUCCUGGUGCUGGAUGAGAUCUAUGGGGCUGUGGCAGCCUGGAUCACAGAGCUGGAAAUUCCGAAGACGGAAGCGGCGUUUGAGGAACAUCUGAUCCUGAAAACGUUUCUCCUCAAGAGCAUGAACGCUUUUGCACCUGUCUUCUAUGUAGCAUUUUUUAAAGGCAGGUUUGCAGGACGUCCUGGUGAUUAUGUGUACGUCUUUAAAGAUUUCCGUAUGGAGGAGUGUGCUCCUGCAGGUUGCCUGAUUGAAGUGUGUAUUCAGCUCGGUAUGAUCAUGUUAGGGAAGCAGCUCAUCCAGAACAAUGUGUUUGAGAUCGCCAUACCAAAGCUGAAGAAGAUGUAUCGUAAAUAUAAAGAGGAGAAAGAAGGAGGAGAAAAGAAGAAGAAAGACAAAGAUCCGAAUCGGCCUCGACAUCGCUGGGAUUUAGAUUACCAGCUGGAGCCGUAUGAGGGUCUGAGUCCAGAGUACAUGGAAAUGAUUAUCCAGUACGGCUUUGUGACGCUCUUCGUGGCCUCGUUCCCGCUCGCUCCCGUCUUCGCUCUGCUCAAUAACGUCAUUGAGAUUCGACUCGAUGCUGCAAAGUUUGUGACAGAAAUCCGGCGGCCUGAUGCAGUCAGAGCGAAGGAGAUCGGAAUAUGGUACAACAUCCUCAGUGGCAUCAGCAAGUUUGCUGUUAUCACAAAUGCGUUCGUUAUUUCCUUCACGUCUGAGUUCAUUCCCCGGAUGGUGUAUCAGUAUCUGUACAGUGAAACAGGAACCAUGCAUGGUUUUAUAGACCACACACUGGCUUACUUCAACACCAGCAACUUCAGACCAGGCACCGCCCCCAACAGCACACGCCUCGACCGGGAACUUCAAAUCUGCAGGUAUAAAGAUUAUCGAGAUCCCCCCUGGUCUCCUGAAUCGUAUCAGCUCUCGAAGCAGUACUGGUCUGUUCUCGCUGCCCGACUUGCUUUCGUCAUCUUUUUCCAGAACCUGGCGAUGUUCCUCAGUAUGCUGGUGGCAUGGUUGAUUCCGGAUGUUCCCCACUCUUUGAAGGACUGCCUGAAGCGGGAAAAGGCCUUGUUGCUAGAUCUUCUUCUUAGCGAGGAGGUGGAGAAACAGCGACGGCAUCCAUUCCAGCAUCAGGCCAAUAUCAACAUAACAGUCAACACCUCAGAGGAGGAGACCAUAGUAGAUAUCGAGCCAGACUGUAGAAUCAUUCAGCAGAGCCAGACAACUGAGAAUGAGUUACAGUCGGCAGACAAGGAGAACCUAGCAGGAGAGGAACCUGAAUCUACCACUGUGGAACCAAUUAUACCUGAAAAGGAUCAUCAGUCUCUUACUACAUCAGAUCCUCACUUAAAUCAGUCUGUUCUUCAGGGUCAAGAAAACCUAUUCAAAUCACACUACCAAGACUUUUAUCCGAAAGGACCUCCACUUCGGAAUCUAGCCUCCAGGUCCAGGAGCCGCUGCCAAACCCUUCCACCCAGACAAAGAGGAGAUGGACCUGGAGGUGGCUCAAGAAAACCCAGCCACUCCACUAGCUUUGUGCAUUUCAACCAGAGCUUUUCUCAAAAAAACAGUGAGAACUUACAAAGAAGUCCCAUUGUACCUUUACAACCUCCAUCUAAACAUCAAUCCAGCAAAUCAUCUUCUAAAACAGAGCUCCAGUCAGUUGGCAGUCAGCUAUCAGUGGUGUCCUGCCAUUCCUUUGAAACCGAGCUCCAAGCAGAAGCACCAUCAUGCUCUUUGUCCAAACAGGAAAUAACAAGCAGCCAGAAACCCUGGGUGCAAUCACCAUCUAAGCCAGAGUUUUCAGAGAGCCGAUCAGCAGCAUUGUCACGUCCUCCAUCCAAACCAGAACUCUCAGUAAGUCAGUCUGCUGUACUACCAAGACCUCCAUCCAAACCUGAGAUUAUAGGGAGCAUUACAAAAGGACUUCCACUCCAGGACCCUGCUACCAGAAUCAAGUCCCGCUGUAAGACUCUUCCUCCCAGAUAUAAAGGACCUGAUCCACCACUCAGAACCACCCACUCCACCAGCUUCACAAACAUCAACAACACACCUCCAUUAUCCAGUGAUGUGAUGCACAACCCACCUGUGUAACACACAUUGGAUUGGACAUGUUCUGGUCUCCAGCAGCUCUCAAUAUUCCAGGCAAAUUAAACUUGGGAGCACAUCAUCAGAUGUUCGUCUAAAUUUGACCCAGCAUCUGUAAAGUAUCAUUAAAAUAUCAAGUCAGAAGUCAGUGUUGCUCUGUUAUUUUGGAGCUCUGCAGUAAGAUGAGUUGUGCAAUGCCGAAGUUUUGGUGAUUUACUGAAAUGAUCUGAUGCCAUUUUUUUAAUCCAAAUAUGAUAAAAUGAAGUAAAAAUAAAACUUGUCCUGUUUCCCCCGGACUUGUUUGGAUAGAAGAUGUAUAAAAGUUUAAAUCAAGUCUCAAAUCUCAAGCAUUUACAAAAACACUUUCUUUGGCUGCUUUUGUUCCCGGGGUCACCACCGUCUCCAGAUCAGUCGGACCUCUUUUAAACUCAAGCAUUUACUAAACUAUUCUUUAAUUUCUACUAUGGAGCAAGUGAGGGAUAAGGACCUCACUCAUGGGCCAAGCAGUGGCAGUUCAGUGGUGCUGGGAACUAAACUCACAACCUUCUGAGCAGGAGAACAAAGUCUUAAUCACUGAGCUAACAAGCAAAUUUAAAGAUUUUAACAUCCAAAUCAGGCCUCAAGACUCUAAACUGCAAAUCUGUGUUCUUAAGGUUUUAAGAUGGAAAUUUGAGCCAAGUCUCAAUUCUGUGAGCUACAACUCUAAACAAGCCUCUAAACUAAAUGUCUAAUUUAAGUCUUAAGUCUUAAAGUCUUAGUUAAAAUCUGCAUCGAAUUGCAAGUCCCCGAGUGCAAUAAGUUUAAAUCUAGUCACAGAAAAGCUCAACUCAAGCUCCCAUAAUCCAUUUGGAUCGUCCAGUUUGUGGCUGUAGAAUUUUAUUAGAUAAACUUUAGUGUAUUUUAGUUUUCUGUUCGUCUCCAGUGUUUAACAAGUGUGAACUGAGCCCAUGUGCUCUGCUGAUGAAAUGUAUAACUAAUGCUUGUAGGUGUAUUUGUCUCAGGAUGGCUUGUUUGUAAAGUCAAAAGUAGAGCAUUCAAAUCAGGUGGUACCAGGACCUGAAAAUGGAAUCACAUCUGUAAAGAAAAGCAUCAAACUUAAAGACAUUUUGGGGGGUUUGGGUUUAAAGGACCUGAUCUUCAUAAUGUAAAACCUGAAAAUAUGAUUUGUUAAACACUGUGGAUCUGUAAAUAUUCCAUCAUUUAUAAAUAAACUGAAGAAAAUCCUCAUUGGAUGUAGA